GGCGCAGAGCAGGAGCUAUUGGGACGCUGAGCCACUAGAGCGCGGUGGCCGAGAGUCCAGCGACAGCUUGCCGUGACACUCGGCGGUUGUAGGGGCUGCGGGACCGAGGCGCACCCGCUAUGUUCUGCGAAAAAGCUGUCGAGUUGAUCCGCGAGUUGCACCGCGCGCCAGACGGGCAGCUACCAGCCUUCAACGAGGAUGGAAUCAGACAAGUUCUGGAGGAGAUGAAAGCAUUAUAUGAACAAAACCAGUCUGAUGUGAAUGAAGCAAAGGCAAGUGGAAGAGGUGAUUUGAUACCAACCAUCAAGUUUCGGCACUGUUCUUUGUUAAGAAAUCGGCGCUGCACUAUGGCAUACCUGUACGACCGGUUGCUUCGGAUUAGAGCACUUAGGUGGGAAUAUGGCAGCAUCUUGCCAAGUACCAUACAGUUUCACAUGUCUGCUGAGGAAAUGGAGUGGUUCAAUCAUUAUAAAAAGUCCCUUGCUACUUAUAUGAGGUCACUGGGAGGAGAUGAAGGUUUGGACAUCACACAGGACAUGAAACCUCCUAAAAGCCUAUAUAUUGAAGUGCGAUGUCUAAAAGACUACGGAGAAUUCGAAGUUGAUGAUGGCACUUCAAUCCUACUGAAAAAAAAUAGCCAGCACUUUUUGCCUCGGUGGAAGUGUGAGCAGCUGAUCAGACAAGGAGUUCUUGAGCAUGUCCUGUCGUGACUGCAUCACGUGGUGACACGUGCAGGGCACUGCCACCUCUGGUCCGGGCGCGAAGCUGAACCUGACUCAUGGCCGUGUCUGCAUCUGGACCUCCAACCCUUUCCAACUUCCUUGAUUUAAAAUUUUCAGACACACUUUAAGAUGACGAAGACUGGCUGGGAGUGUUGCUUGGUGGCGGAGGGCUUGUCCAGAAGUCAAGGUGUUCUGGAUCCCAUUCCUGGCACUACAGAUAAACAACAGAUAGUACCUCCAGACGCAUUUGGCCUGGAGUACAGUUGGCUAACCAUUAAGGUCUGGUUUCUGUGCUAUGUACCAAUCCUUCCUACUCCUUCUUACAAGCUGUAUCUGUAAUCUUAACACUCCCACAGCUGUUACACUGUUCUUUUAUCCUUUUAUAAACAGCAAUAAACAUUUUAAAGCUUCA